CCUCUCCCUCUUCAUUAAAACCAUAAACGAAUCUGUCUCUUUUCAAGCUUGUGCAUAUCUUUCAAUAUCUUUAGGAGGGGACACACUAGUCAUUUAAAUGAUAUAGAAAUGAAUUACACUUCCAAAUGUUUCUGUAAUUCUAGAGAAAAACCAAGGGCUAUUCACUCUCGCGCUAGAGAAAACAUUCAGAAGAAAUUUGACUGGUGUCUCUGCAAGUACAGAGAAAGAACACAAUCGCGCAACCAUUAUGAACCCCAUCAUGUGUAGCGGUCUACUCUAUUUCUUUCUGCUACUCCUAAACGUGUCAGUCUACUUUCCAACCUCUGCUUUGAACCAUGAAGGUCUAUCACUCCUCUCAUGGCUCUCAACCUUCAAUAUAUCCUCCUCUGCUUCUUUCUUCUCUUCAUGGAACGCAACCCACCAAAAUCCAUGCAAUUGGGCGUAUGUCAAGUGUUCAGCAGAUGGGUUUGUUUCAGAAAUCUCAAUCAGUUCUAUCAACCUUCCUACUAGUUUUCCUACUCAUAUUCUCUCGUUCAGUUCUCUCACCACACUUGUCCUCUCUGAUGCAAAUCUUACAGGCGAAAUACCACCAGCAAUCUCGAAUCUGUCAUUGCUGGCCACCCUCGACCUCAGCUUCAAUGCUUUUACUGGAAAAGUUCCUCCUGAUAUUGGGAAGUUAUCUCGACUUCAAUUAUUGUCAUUGAAUUCCAACUUUUUACAGGGUGAGAUUCCACCUGAAAUUGGCAACUGUUCAAUGCUUCAGAAGAUUGAACUGAUGGACAACCAAUUCUCAGGAAAGAUUCCUGAAGAAUUGACCAGGUUAUCUGGUCUAGAAAUAUUUCGGGCUGGUGGCAAUCAGGGACUACAUGGAGAAAUUCCAGCAGAGAUUUCAAACUGUAAAGCUCUGACUUUUCUGGGUCUUGCACAUACUGGGAUUUCAGGGAAGAUCCCAUACAGUAUAGGAGAAUUGAAGAAUCUGAAAACUCUUUCCAUCUACACAGCAAACCUCUCCGGCAAGAUCCCACCUGAAAUGGGCAACUGCUCAGCCUUAGAAAAUCUGUUUCUGCACGAGAACCAACUGUCUGAAAGUAUUCCUAACGAAUUUGGUCUGUUGAAAAAUCUCAGGAAAUUGUUGUUGUGGAAGAACAACCUUAGUGGGAAUAUACCAGGAGCACUUGGGAACUGUUCGAGCUUGACGGUUAUAGACCUCUCGCUGAAUUAUCUUACUGGUGAACUCCCUCCAUUGCUUUCAAAUCUAGUAGAGUUAGAAGAGCUUCUUCUCUCUGAUAACAACAUUUCAGGUAAGAUACCUCCUUUCAUUGGCAACUCUUCGCAUCUGAAGCACCUUGAACUAUAUAAUAACCAAUUCAUUGGUAAGAUUCCAUCCGAAAUUGGGCGGUUGAAGAAGCUUUCUCUAUUCUUUGCAUGGCAGAAUCAGCUCCAUGGAAACAUACCAUUUGAACUGGGAAGCUGUGAGAAACUCCAAGAUUUGGAUCUUUCGCAUAAUUUCCUCACUGGAUCAGUUCCCAUUUCUCUGUUUAAUCUCAAGAAUUUAACCAAACUUUUGCUUCUAAGCAAUGGACUUUCCGGGAAGAUUCCCCCAGAGAUAGGAAACUGUACAAGCUUGACGCGUCUACGCCUAGGAUCAAACCGGUUUUCUGACCGAAUUCCAUCAGAAAUUGGGCUCUUAAGUAGUUUGAGCUUCCUUGAAUUAUCGGAGAAUCAGUUCUCUGGAGAAAUCCCACCUGAGCUUGGUAACUGCCAUCAGCUAGAAAUGGUUGAUUUGCAUGAAAAUGAGCUACAAGGCAAUAUUCCAACGUCUUUUCAAUUCCUUCGGAAUCUUAACGUUUUAGACCUUUCAAUGAAUAGAAUAUCAGGCUCUGUUCCGGAGGAGUUGGGGAAGCUUAUUUCUUUAAAUAAGCUUGCUUUAAGUAAUAACUACAUUACUGGUUUGAUACCCAAAUCUCUUGGUCAGUGUAAGGAUUUGGAGUUGCUGGAUAUGAGCAGUAACAGAAUCUCUGGUUCGAUACCCGACGCGCUUGGUGACUUGCAAGAAUUGGACAUUCUGUUAAAUCUGAGUUGGAACGCUCUGUCUAGUCCAAUUCCUGAAAGUUUUUCGAAUCUGUCAAAGCUUGCUUCCUUGGAUAUUUCUCACAACAUGUUGACAGGAAGCCUUACAGUACUGGGUAUGCUGGACAAUCUUGUUUCCUUGGACGUCUCAUACAAUAACUUCUCAGGUUUUCCUCCUGAUACCAAGUUUUUUCGAGAUCUUCCUGUAACUGUUUUUUAUGGUAACAAAGAUCUCUGCAUUAAAGGAAAUGACUGUCAUUGCAAAUCUGGUGAAAAUCUCCACAGAAGAAAUUCGAUCAGAAAUGUUUUCUGUUUAGUACUCAGUGUUACAGUGAUAGUAGUUAUCGUGCUCUUGGGAAUGAUAUUGGCCAUACGAUCUCAGAGAAUGGCAGUUAGAAGAGAUGAGGAAGAACAGAACGGGCUGCCAUGGGAAUUCACUCCAUUCCAGAAGCUGAAUUUCUCCAUAGAGUAUGCCUUAACAAGGUUGUUAGAUUCCAAUAUUGUUGGCAAAGGAUUCUCUGGCGUUGUUUACCGCGUUGAGACUCCAGGUGGGCAGGUGAUUGCCGUGAAGAAGCUGUGGCCUUUGAAGGAUGGUGAGUUCCCAGAGACAGACUCGUUUGCGACGGAGGUUAAGACUCUUGGAUCAAUAAGACAUAAAAACAUAGUGAGACUACUGGGAUGUUGUACCAAUGGGAAAACUCGGUUGCUUCUGUUUGAUUACAUUAGUAAUGGGAGCUUGCAUGGAUUGCUUCAUGAGAAGAAAGUGUUCUUGGACUGGGAUUCCAGAUACAAGAUCAUUCUGGGUGCAGCUCAGGGUCUGGCCUAUCUUCACCAUGACUGCAUCCCUCCAAUCAUUCAUCGUGAUAUCAAGCCCAACAACAUCUUGGUCGGUCCACAGUUCCAAGCUUAUCUCGCAGAUUUUGGCAUUGCAAGGCUUGUCAGUUCCCCAGAUCACUCAAGGCCAUCCCACACUGUUGCAGGCUCUUAUGGGUACAUAGCUCCUGAAUACGGAUAUAGUUUGAGGAUCACAGAGAAAAGUGAUGUCUACAGCUUUGGGGUGGUGCUUCUGGAGGUCUUAACUGGAAUGGAACCAACCGAUCAAAGGAUGCCUGAAGGCGCCCACAUUGUGAGUUGGGUUGGAGAGGAACUCAGAGAAACAGAUGAAGGAGCCACAUCCAUUCUUGAUCAGCAGCUUCAGCGCCUAUCUGGUACUCAGAUCCAAGCGAUGCUUCAAGUACUCGGUGUGGCUCUUCUCUGUGUAAACCCAUCCCCAGGGGAGCGACCCACCAUGAAUGAUGUAAUAGCGCUGCUCAAGGAGAUCAGGAAUGAGAAUGAGGACUUCACCAAACCCAAGCUUCUCAGCAAGCACUGUUCUAGCUUUUCCAGAUCAACUGAACCUAUCAUCAGAUAAUCCUUUUCGUUGCUUGACUUGGCAAAAUAGAUAUCCAUAGAACUGAUUUAAGUCUUUCUCACUGGUAGAAUAAUUAGCCAAAACAUAAAGAGAAAUACUUCUCAUUCUUUCUGGGCACAGUCAUUAUAAUUCUGUUUGUGCGUGGUUCAAUUGAUUUUGGUGUUAAUUGGUACCCUUCAUUUGUAUGAUAUAUUUCUGUAAGUUGAUAAAAUUAAUUCUGCUGAAACUUUAGUGCAGAAACAAGUGGGUUCUGAUGAGGUGAUGAAGGA